GUAUUAUUCUAUCAGCACAUUUCAAAACACGGAAGCAGAAUAUGUCAAACAGAUGGUGACAAUAUUAAGUUAGGUGUUAUGGGAUUUAUGAGUUUUCAGACUCAAAAAUAUCACCCAAGAACAAAGUGUGGGGCACUGAAGAUACUACAUUAUGAACUCUGAACUUUGACUAUCACGCUAUCAUUAUGGCAGAAUUAAUAGUAUGUAAAGUGUGUAACAUUAGCCGACAGAAGUGUUAUGGGCUGGCUGUGACCUCUCUGGAUCAACUCAAACUGAAAGGGAGUGAGGCUUUAGGGUUUAGUCCCAGUGCAUCAGUCUCAGUGGUGCUAGAAGAAGAUGGGACCAUCGUAGAAGACGAAGCUUACUUUCUGUGUCUGCCAGCAAAUACAAAAUUCAUGCUGUUGCAUGCCGAUGAAAUAUGGUUGCAUACUCAUCAAAUUGAUGGAGGCACAGCACAGCCUUGCAGAGGGUCUGCUAAUCUGGAGACAGAUGGAAAGGACGAUGUUGAUGGGUUUGAAUCUUGGCGCAGUUUGGCAGAGCAGCUCAGACAGGACUUGGCCAGUAUUAUCCUUAUGUCCGAGGCAAAUUUACAGAGUUUGAUUGAGGUGCCAUGCUCUGAUCUGGCUGCGGGGUUGAACUUCUCACAGCAGAAAACCAAGGUCCUACAGGACACGCUGCAGAGAAUGCUGGACCGCAGGGAAGAAGAGAGACAGUCCAAAGAGUUACUGAGGCUCUAUUUGAAAGCCAUGGAGCGAGAAGGCGCCUUGGACCCACAAGAAGAAAGCGCUAAACUAGAUGAGACAGAUGGGGGGCAGGUGGAGGCCGCAGCAGGGUUCAACUCCACAACGCUAAUGGUUCUGAAGGACAAAAAAUACCCAGAGACCAGACUGUCCAAUGAGGAGCUACAGAUGGUGGUGAGGCAGGGAGUGGAGGUCAUGAUGGAGGUGUUGUGCUGGGACAGUGAAAGGGCAUCAGCGCUGGUCCAGGCAUGCGAAAGUGAGCUCAGUAAACGCCUAAAGCGAGUUCAAGCCCUGCAAUCCAUCAGUGCUCAAAACCAGUCCACUUCACAACCACAAGCUGAGAGAGAGACCCGAGCUAAACGCAGAAAAAAACAAACGCACUGACAAUAUAACACAUUUUUUUCUAGUCUAAAUUCUUGGAAUACUUCAUUACAUUUCAUGUUAAAAAUAAAACAAUUUUUAGAUACGGAUUUAUUUUGAUAAUAGUAUAUUGUAUGUUGUUUGGUGAUAACAAUCCUAAAUUUUAAAGUUAAAUCUAAUGUUAAUAAUUCUUUCAAAAGGGAGUUAAAUUCAUUAUUGAUGGUUCCAAAUAAAACAUGUCCAAUCUUAAUUUCAUCAUCUGUAAUAUAUGCUGGCAGACAUGGCAUUUUAAUAUGAUACUGUUAAGUGAAGGAAUAUAUUACAUUGGUAUUGCAAGGUUCACUAAAUGUGUCAAAUUUGAAAUGUUAGCAAUUAAGCUCAUGGGGUGCUUAUUUUGUUGAGGUACUGUUCACAACAUUACUUGAAACGUCAAAUGAUGUCAAAUACUCGUAUUAGAUUAACACAAAUAUUUUGACAUUUAGUUUUGGGCAUGAAUAUAAAUUGUAUCGUCGAGUUCCAUAAUGAUUAAAAAAAUAUUUCAGCUUGUCAGAGAGCACUGAGAAUGGUAAUGCUUGUGGAUAAAAUUUCCAUUUGAAAAACUAAUGAAGAGACCUGUUCCUAUUCCCCAAGAAUGUCUUGUUAAAAGCAUCUUUUUCCAUGCUGAUGUAGUCCUACCUUGCGUUGUAAUGAGCGUAUGUAAGCUGUGAUUGGUGUCGGGCAGGGUUGUGAAGCCAGUCGGACAGUCUUGUGCUGUUUUGUGGCUGUGAUGAUGUACUUUUGAUUCAAAUGUUUGAAUUCUGGCCAUUGUUAGACUAUGCUAGUGAUCAGAAUAUCAAUUCGAAUAUCAAUUCAACAGAGAUAUAGAGAUGCUCCUGUGGAAUUCAUUAGACUGGUAUGUAUGCAGACACCAAGUGAACUGUUAUUAUUGGGUUAUAGUCUACUGUUCUAGUCUUGAAACAUUUAACAUAUAAUUUCCUCUGUAAUCAGAAUAAAGACGAGACUGUUGCAAAA